AGAGAGAACUUGGUGAGUUCUCCUGCAGCUUCUUCCUCUUUAAUGUAGUCUGUGCAUUGUGUAAAGAAGAACAAGUUUGGUUGAAAGCUGCUGAAUUACUUUCUUUAUCAAUCUGUGUCGCAGUUUGUUUUUCUCCAUCUAAAGCCCAGAGCCGUGCAGAGACCAGACUCUGAAGAACUCAUUAUGCCUGACUCACUGAGGAACCGCAGGCUCAACCCGACCUUCUCCCACCUGAAGAUAGAUGGCGCUAAAGCAGAAAAUGAUGAUAAAGACUCAGGAAACUCAUCUGUCAGUCGUGCUAGGUCACAUUACCAAAUAAUUAAUUUCCAAAACUGGGAUCAAAGAUGGCAACACCUGCAGGAAGAGAGGGAACGUCUUCGAGUCCAACAAGAACGUUUUUCGGCCCUUCUCCCACCUGAUUUCUUUCUCAGUGAUGACGACCAAUCAUCAAGUUCAUCUGAUCCAUCCCUCCACAGUGAUCAGUCAAAAGGACAGAUAAUUAAUUUCAAAAAAUUAGAAAAAUGCGACCCAGCCCUGUAUCAAAGAUGGCAACACCUGCAGGAAGAGAGGGAACGUCUUCGAGUCCAACAAGAAUGUUUUUUGGCCCGUCUCUCACCUGAUUUCUUUCUCAGUGAUGACGCCCAAUCAUCACGUCCAUCUGAUCCAUCCCUCCACAGUGAUCGGUCAAAAGGACAAAUAAUUAAUUUCAAAAAAUUAGAAAAAUGCGACCCAGACAGGUAUCAAAUGUGGCAACACCUGCAGAAACAGAGGGAACGUCUUCGAUGCGAGAAGAACGUUUUCGGCCCUUCUCCCACCUGA